AUGGCACGACCAUCAGCAUCAACGCCGCACCUCAUCUGGGCUGCCGGCCACUUCCUCUGCUUCUUUGCAGGUCUCCGAUACCUCGCCGGCACAUUGAUGUUUGCAACCUCGUCCGGUGGUCUCUCACGAUGGUAUACGGCCACCUACCUCGGCGCCAUCAUCUCGUAUUGCGUCGUCGUCUACAAGUCGUUCGGCGUCCCUCAGCUCAACAAACCAUACAUCCAGCGUGCUCUGAUGGACGAAAACGUCCAGUACCUCUUCCUCGCCGUCUACUGGUUCAUGUCCAAGCCCAUCUUCAUCACCUUGAUUCCCUUCGUCACAUUCUCGCUCUUCCACGUGCUCACCUUCCUGCGCACCACCGUCAUCCCCAUCAUCUUCCCCUCCGCCUCGCCCGCGCCGGGUGUCAACCAAGCCGCUGCCGGUGGAGCACCUGCCGCCCAACCCGCCGCACCACCCGCCAAGAUCGCCAAAUUCGUCCAAGGAUGGGUCAAGGCCAACUACGACCCUGCCAUGCGCUUCGUCGCGUAUGCCGAGGUGGCCAUCUUUGCGCGCGUCCUCUUUGGCGCCAUACUCUUCCGCAACUCGCUCAUGGCUCCGCUCUUCUACGCCCACUUCUUGCGCCUCAGGUUCUACAUGAGCUCGUUCACCCGCGCAGCAUUCCAGCACGUCAAGAGCGUACUGGAUGGAUACACGCAGCACCAGAGCUGCCCGCCCGUCGUCAGGAAGGCGUACCUGACCCUGACGGAUCUGAUCUCGAGGUACGCGAGCUCGGUGCUGUCGGUGCAGAACCCACCGGCGGCGGGGGCGGGACAACCAGCGGCGGGCGCGGCAGCGGCGAAUGCGCCUGCUGCUGGUGCGGCAGGUGCUGCGCCAAGGAGGUAG